UUGACCGAGCUCCUCCUCACUCCUUUUGAAUACAUGAUCCUGGCCACCAUCAUCGCUAACUGCAUCGUGCUGGCCCUGGAACAGCACCUGCCGGAUGGGGACAAGACACCCAUGUCUGAGCGACUGGAUGACACAGAGCCCUACUUCAUUGGCAUCUUCUGCUUUGAGUCGGGCAUCAAGAUCCUGGCGCUGGGCUUCGCCUUCCACAAGGGCUCCUACCUGCGCAACGGCUGGAACGUCAUGGACUUCGUGGUGGUACUGACCGGGAUCUUGUCCACGGUGGGCUCGGAUUUUGACCUGCGCACGCUACGUGCCGUCCGAGUGUUGAGACCCCUCAAACUGGUGUCGGGAAUUCCCAGCCUGCAGGUGGUGCUGAAGUCCAUCAUGAAGGCCAUGAUCCCACUGCUGCAGAUUGGCCUGCUCCUUUUUUUUGCCAUCCUCAUGUUUGCCAUCAUCGGCCUGGAGUUCUACAUGGGCAAGUUCCACACCACCUGCUUCAAUAUUAUCACCAUGGAGAUCGAGGAGGAGUUCCCGUGCGGGAAGGAGGCUCCCUCGCGGCUCUGCCCGAACGGGACAGUGUGUCAGGGAUACUGGCUCGGUCCAAACUACGGCAUCACGCAGUUCGACAACAUCCUGUUCGCCGUGCUCACUGUCUUUCAGUGCAUCACCAUGGAGGGCUGGACCGACCUGCUCUACUAUAGCAACGAUGCCUCAGGGAGCGCCUGGAAUUGGAUGUACUUCAUCCCCCUCAUCAUCAUCGGAUCCUUUUUUAUGCUGAAUCUGGUGCUGGGUGUGCUGUCCGGUGAAUUUGCCAAAGAGAGGGAGCGUGUUGAGAACAGAAGCGAGUUCCUCAAGCUGAGGCGGCAGCAGCAGAUAGAGCGGGAGCUGAACGGAUACCUGGAGUGGAUCUGCAAAGCAGAAGAGGUCAUCCUCGCUGACGAGGACCAUGACGGGGACGACCGGAUGCCCUUCGACGGAUCACGGCGGAGGCCGACCAUAAAGAAGAGCAAGACUGACCUGCUGAACCCGGAGGAGGGAGAGGGGGACAUGGGCGUGGGCUCGCCCUUCGCUCGAUCCAGCAUUAAGAGUGCCAAACUGGAGGGCUCCUCCUUCCACAAGAAGGAGCGGCGGCUGCGCUUCUUCGUCCGCCACGUGGUGAAGACGCAGGCCUUCUACUGGACCGUGCUGUGCCUGGUGGGCCUCAACACGCUGUGCGUGGCCGUCGUGCACUACGACCAGCCCGAGCUGCUGUCCGACUUCCUCUACUUUGCGGAGUUCAUAUUCCUGGGAAUCUUCUUGUCGGAGAUGUUCAUAAAGAUGUAUGGACUGGGGUACCGGCCUUACUUUCACUCCUCCUUCAACUGCUUUGACUGCAUUGUCAUUGUGGGAAGCAUAUUCGAGGUGAUCUGGGCAGUGAUCCAGCCAGGAACCUCCUUUGGCAUCAGUGUCUUACGAGCUCUCAGGUUAUUGAGGAUCUUCAAAGUGACCAAGUACUGGGCGUCCCUGCGCAACCUGGUGGUGUCCCUGCUGAACUCCAUGAAGUCCAUCAUCAGCUUGCUCUUCCUCCUCUUCCUCUUCAUCGUGGUCUUCGCUCUGCUGGGCAUGCAGCUCUUCGGGGGACAAUUUAACUUUGAAUCAGGCACACCCCCAACAAAUUUUGAUACGUUUCCUGCAGCAAUAAUGACCGUGUUUCAGAUCCUUACAGGUGAGGACUGGAACAUGGUGAUGUACGACGGCAUCGAGUCUCAGGGCGGAGUCAACAAAGGCAUGGUCUUCUCCAUCUUCUUCAUCGUCCUCACACUCUUCGGGAACUACACCCUGCUCAAUGUGUUCUUGGCUAUCGCUGUGGACAAUCUGGCCAAUGCACAGGAGCUGACUAAGGAUGAACAAGAGGAGGAGGAGGCUGCAAGUCAAAAGAUCGCCCUGCAGAAAGCCAAGGAGGUGGCAGAGGUCAGCCCCCUGUCUGCAGCCAACCUAUCCAUCGCAGCAGAGACAGUUAACACUGAGCGUCUGCACACUACAGAGCCCUUGCUGGACUGUAAGGAGCAGCAGAAGAAUCAUAAGUCCUCUAAGUCGGUGUGGGAGCAGCGCACCCAUGAGCUGCGUAAGCAGACCCUGAUGACCAGCAGGGAGGCGCUGUACAACGAGCUGGACCCCGAGGACCGCUGGAAGGUGUCCUACUCCCGCCACAUUCGGCCGGACAUGAAGACGCACCUGGACCGGCCGCUGGUGGUGGACCCGCAGGAGAACCGCAACAACAACACCAACAAGACGCGGCCCAGCGAGGGGGCGGAGCCGGACCAGCGGCUGAGCCAGCAGCGGGCCGAGGAGUUCCUGCGCAAGCAGGCGCGCUUCAACGAGCGGGGCGGGGGCGGCGGCGGGGGCGGCUCGGGCCGGUCCUUCGAGAGGGCCGACUCCGCCGAGUCGCGCUGCGGGCGCAAGGACCACGAGCCGGGCCAGCGCGGGCCCAACCACCACUCCCACCCCCACCUGGACCGCGCCGAGGACUGCGGCCGCGACCCGCACCGCCGCCACCAGCACCGGCCGCCCGCCGGCCGGCCCAAAGACGGCCGCAGCUCGUCCCCCCGCGGCGAGGGCGGGGCCCCGGAGCACCGCCGCCCCCGCCAGCAUCGCAGACCCCCCGAGGACGAGGACGGGGGCGGAGGCCGCGGCGGACGCCACAGGGGCCCAGGAGGAGAGGGGAGCCGGAGCAGGGGGACGGACGGGGACGGCGAGCACACGGACGGCGGGGAACGGAGACAGAGGCGCCAUCGCCACGGCGCCCAGUCCACCUAUGAGAACGACGGCAAGAGGGACAGAGACAGGGACAGAGUCCGACAGCACAGAGUUAGGAAGGAGGGUCAGGGUAACGGCCCCACCCUGUCCACCACCCGGCCCAUCCAGCAGAAUCUGCCGCGGCAGGACAGCCAGUACAGCGAGGACAUGGACAACGUCAUGAACAGCAAGCUGGCCACGCAGCCCCCGGCGACACGCAACCACGCCCCCAACCCCCACGCCCUGUCCAACCACAGCCUGUCCAGCCUGCCCAGCCCCACCAACAACAGCACCACCACCCACAACGCCGUCAACGCCCCCGUCAGCAACCCCCAGCCCGGCGGGGGCGACCCCGGAAAGACCCCCGAGAACAGCCUGAUCCUCACCAACCCCGCCUCCACACCCAUCAACCCGGGCAAGACCGGCACCAAGAAGCCAGAGCACACCGCAGUGGACAUGCCGCCUGUGUUCCCCUCCAACAACGCCAUUCUGCAAGUGAAUAAAAAUGCUAACACGGAGCCCCUGCCUAAGAAGGAUGAGGAGAAGAAGGAGGACGACGACGACGACAAAGGGGACGAGAACGGCCCCAAACCCAUGCCCCCCUACAGCUCCAUGUUCAUCCUGUCCACCACCAACCCGUUCCGGAGGCUGUGCCACUACAUCGUGACUCUGCGCUACUUUGAGAUGUGCAUCCUGCUGGUCAUCGCCAUGAGCAGUAUCGCGCUGGCCGCAGAGGACCCGGUCCAGCCCGACUCCCCCCGAAACAACGUGCUGCGCUACUUUGACUAUGUCUUCACCGGAGUGUUCACGUUCGAGAUGUUGAUCAAGAUGGUGGACCUGGGCCUGGUGCUGCACCAGGGCUCCUAUUUCCGAGACCUGUGGAACAUCCUGGACUUUAUAGUGGUUAGUGGUGCCCUGGUGGCCUUCGCCUUCACGGGGAGUAGUAAGGGGAAGGACAUCAGCACCAUCAAGUCUCUGAGGGUUCUGAGAGUGCUACGUCCACUGAAGACCAUCAAGCGUCUGCCUAAGCUGAAGGCUGUGUUUGACUGUGUGGUGAACUCUCUGAAGAAUGUUCUGAACAUCCUGAUUGUCUACAUGCUCUUCAUGUUCAUCUUCGCUGUGGUGGCUGUGCAGCUGUUCAAGGGACGCUUUUUCUACUGCACCGACGAGUCCAAGGAGUUUGAGCGCGACUGCAGGGGCGAGUAUCUGGUGUACGAACGUGACAAUGAGGUGAAGGCUCAGAAGCGGGAGUGGAAGAAGUACGAUUUCCACUACGACAACGUGCUUUGGGCCCUGCUCACCCUCUUCACCGUGUCUACUGGAGAGGGGUGGCCGCAGGUGCUGAAACAUUCAGUGGAUGCGACCUAUGAGAAUCAGGGCCCGAGCCCGGGGUACCGGAUGGAGAUGUCCAUCUUCUACGUGGUGUACUUCGUGGUCUUCCCCUUCUUCUUCGUCAACAUCUUCGUGGCUCUCAUCAUCAUCACCUUCCAGGAACAGGGCGACAAGAUGAUGGAGGACUACAGUCUGGAAAAGAACGAGAGAGCCUGCAUAGACUUUGCCAUCAACGCCAAACCUCUGACACGUCACAUGCCGCAGAACCGACUGAGCUUCCAGUAUCGCAUGUGGGAGUUUGUGGUGUCACCUCCCUUUGAGUACACCAUCAUGGCUAUGAUCGCGCUCAACACCAUCGUGCUCAUGAUGAAGUACAAUGGAGCCUCGCCCGCCUAUGAAAACGUGCUGAAGGACCUAAACAUUGUGUUCACCUCACUGUUCUCCAUGGAGUGUGUGCUGAAGAUCAUCGCGUUCGGAGUCCUGAAUUAUUUCAAGGAUGCGUGGAAUAUUUUUGAUUGUGUGACCGUCCUUGGGAGCAUCACUGAUAUUUUAGUCACUGAAUUAGGGAACAACUUCAUAAACCUCAGUUUCCUGCGGCUCUUCAGGGCUGCUAGGCUCAUUAAGCUGCUCAGGCAGGGCGAGACCAUCCGCAUCCUGCUCUGGACCUUCGUCCAGUCCUUCAAGGCGCUGCCGUACGUCUGCCUGCUCAUCGCCAUGCUCUUCUUCAUCUACGCCAUCAUCGGCAUGCAGCUCUUUGGCAAUAUAGGAAUUGAGGAGGAGGAAGGAGACAGUGCCAUCAACCAGCACAACAACUUCAGGACCUUCUUCCAGGCCCUCAUGCUGCUCUUCAGGAGCGCGACGGGAGAGGCGUGGCAUGACAUAAUGCUGUCGUGUCUGGGAGGAAAGGACUGUGACCCUCGGUCUGGUAUCAAGGAGCCAGAGUGUGGCAGCGAGUUCGCGUACCUGUACUUCGUCUCCUUCAUCUUCCUCUGCUCCUUCCUGAUGUUGAACCUAUUUGUAGCUGUCAUCAUGGACAACUUUGAGUAUUUGACGCGAGACUCUUCCAUACUGGGGCCUCACCACCUGGACGAGUAUGUCCGAAUUUGGGCGGAGUACGACCCUGCUGCCUGUGGCCGCAUUCAUUAUAAGGACAUGUACAGUUUAUUGCGAGUAAUCGACCCCCCUCUGGGCUUAGGAAAGAAAUGUCCCCAUAGGGUGGCCUGCAAGAGGCUGUUGCGGAUGGAUCUGCCGGUUGCGGAGGACAACUCUGUCCACUUUAACUCCACCCUCAUGGCCUUAAUCCGCACGGCGUUGGACAUCAAGAUCGCCAAGGGGGGUGUGGACAAGCAUCAGAUGGACUCUGAGCUUCGGAAGGAGAUGAUGGCGAUCUGGCCCAAUCUCUCCCAGAAGACCCUGGACCUGCUGGUUACUCCCCAUAAGUCGACAGACCUGACGGUGGGGAAGAUCUACGCCGCCAUGAUGAUCAUGGAGUAUUACCGGCAGAGCAAAGCCAAACGGACUCAGGCUCUCCGAGAGGAGCAGAAUCGAACGCCAUUAAUGUUUCAGCGCCUGGAGCCCCCGUCCCCAACCCAGGAUGGUGGGCAGGGAGUCAACAGCCUCCCGGAGCCUCAGCCGGAGACCGAGCUCCUGGAAGAGGAGACGGAAAGCCAGUCCUGGGUGACGGCGCGACGCACGCAGGAGAUGUCCCCAAACACCGGACGGUGGACCCCGCCCCCUCGCCCCUGCCGGCCCAGGCCUGUCCCUCAGGCCCCGCAGUGCUCACGCCCCGCUCUCCCUCUGUUUUCGCAGACGGUAGAGAUGAGAGAGAUGGGGCAGGAUGGUUACGUCGACACUGAUCACUAUCUCCCAAUGGAAGGGCACGGGAGGGCCGCCUCUAUGCCCCGGCUUCCAGCUGACAACCAACGGAGGAAGGGAAGGCCACGCGGGAAUAAUCUCAGUACCAUCACGGACAGCAGUCCCAUGAAGCGCUCGGCCUCCUCCCUGGGUCACGGGCGCUCGGGGAAGGGGGGCCGGCUGGACGACUACGCCCCCGAGGAGGGCCAGCGGCACGGGCACCGGCGCCGGGAGCGCAGCCACCGCGCCUCCGAGCGCUCCCUGAGCCGCUACACCGACGCAGACACAGGGCUCGGCACAGACCUCAGCACCACCACGCAAUCGGGUGACCUGCCGCCCAAGGAGAAGGACCGCGAGCGCGACCGGGAGAGGGACCGGGAGCGCGGGCGACCCAAGGACCGGAAGCACCACCACCAUCACCACCACCACCACGGCUCCAUGGACAAGGAGCGCUACGGGCCCGAGCGCGGCGAGUACGGCCACCGGCCCGCCCGCGACAGAGACCGCCGCUGGUCCCGCUCCCCCAGCGAAGGCCGAGAGUGCCUGACACACAGACAGGGCAGUAGUUCGGUGAGCGGGAGCCCCGUCCCCUCGACCUCCGGCACCAGCACCCCCCGGCGCGGCCGCCGGCAGCUGCCCCAGACCCCCGCCACCCCCCGACCCCACGUCACCUACUCCCCCGUGGUCCGUAAGGCCAUCAACACCCCGCCCGGGCAGCACAGCCGCCACCCCACCCCCACCCCCCGCCGGUUCUCCCCCCCGGGCCCCUCCUCGGGCCACGGCUCCCCGCGCUCGUCCCGGCCCGGCCGCUGGGCGCCCCCGCAGGACAGCGUGGAGGGCGACGGCUGCUUCUACGACCAGGACUACGAGUACGAGCGCCACCAGCCCCCCGCCUACGAGCCGGGCCCCGCGCAGGCCAACCCCCACCCGCACGCCCACCCGCACCCGCACCCCCACCCCCGCUCGCCCAGGACUUCCCGCCACGCGCCCCCGGUCCAGCCGCCCCCCCGCCGACUGCCCAACGGCUACCGCUCGUCCUCACCCUCCCCGCACCACCACGGCCCCCACCCAGGGACCCACAAGCCCCCGCACGCUCGAGGACCCAGAAAGGGGCUGCAUGAACCCUACAGCGAGACCGACGAGGAUGACUGGUGCUAGCCUCCGGGGACCGGGGGGGUCCGGAGAUGGAGGGGUGGGGAAGGGGGGGUGGGGGGGGGCGACGCAGGACGGCUACGCUGUUCUUUUCCCUCACAGAGACGCUGACUGGGAGGGGAGAGCAGGAGGGACGCUACAUUGGCGUGGGCAUACGCGUGUGUGCGUGUGUGUGUGCGUGCAUGUGCGUGUGUGUGUGUGCCGGUGUGUGCGCACACGCCUCACGCAGCCCAGUCAAACAGGAGGAAGUCCCGUGCCCCACCGACUGAAGACGGGGGAGCUGGAGUCAAGGCAUGUUUCUUUCUUUUCUGUUCACUUUUUUCCCCAUUUCUACUGCUGCUCAGUCUAUCCUGCGGGGAGAGGAAGGGACAGGGGUGGAAGUGGGGCUGUGUCAG